GUGAAGGAGCGAGGCCUGCGCUCUCAGUUUGCCUGCACGUACGUUGAGGUGGAUGACCCACCACUGAACCGGGUUCUGGACUUCCCCAGCACCAGCCAGCUGCCCACCUGCAAGCACCCUGCUCCGAAGCGGCCGCUGCACCGCCCAGCGCUGGUCACAGACUGGGGCAGGGAUUCUGAGAACCAGGAGUCUGCUGUACCGAAGGAAUCGCAUGGGCUAGAUAACGGUGAUGCGAACCCUCCAGCAGGUGCCAACCAGAAGGUUAACACGGUCUCCAUAGCAGCCCUGGGAAGUCGCCAAGGUAACGCCAAAGCCGGAGUAGCCAAGGAAACCCAGAAAACGACGACGAACAAAAAGAAGAGUGACACCCCCUUAAAUGCCCCUGCCCUGGGGGGCAAGAGCAUGAAACGCAAGCAGGUGGACGGGGCAGACCUGGGCGGCGAAGAGAACCAACCGCCAGCCAAGAGACCCCCCUCUAAAAGUCCCUGGUGCCGCACCGAUGGGCAAGAAGAGCACCAAAGCCCCCACUAAGAAACUGAUCGCUGGGCAGGGCAAACUCACCGGCUUCUUCCGGGUGUAGCUGUGCCCUGUACUGCUCAGACUAGCUGGCUGUGAUUUUAAUCAGCAAAGUCUUUAUUUAUUCUUGCGUCAUUGUUUCAUUGCUUUGAUGUAACGGUGAAGGUUCAUUAGAUGUAAUAUAUUGUUUUCUCAGUAUGAAGUAGCUGUUUGAGGUAUUGUCCUCUUGCUAGAUGAAUCGGGCUCUUCCACAACCACCCCCCCCCCACCCCCCUGUGUGUAUAUGGUAUGUUGUCCCUCAGUAACAUUGUUCUGUGAUGGAUUGAUUGGUUAUGAUUCAUUUAUCCCUCUUGUCCACCGCUCCAGUUGUUUACUUCAUUGUUUAGUUGUAUUAAUACACAAUAUACAUUACAUCAUCAUGACCCCUUUGACGUUUGCCAGCCCUAGAUUCUAAGUGUGUGUAUGAAUGCACAGUCCUUGAAACAAAGCAGUCAAAACCCUGCAACAUUUCUUUUAAAUAAAGUUUUAUUUUUGUUGUUA